CAAAGUAGUGAAGGGGCAGAUCCGAGGCACAGAUACAAGCGGCGGUAGUGCUGCUCAGCGCACACCCCUCGGGUUUUUUUUUGUUGCGUCGUCUCCCUCAGUGGCGCCUCGCCGCCGUUGUUUAAGCUCGGCACUCCACGGGGAAAAUCAUGGUGACUAAAAACAGAAAACAGACCGGGAAGAGUCCGGCGACCCAGGCUGACCGCGACAGAACCCCGCACGUUUCGCCCCCCGGCAAAAGUAACGCUCGGCGGCCGGGCAGGGAGGGCAAAGCUUUCAACGGCGCGCACCCCAACGGGCUCUCGGGCAUCAGGCACAAGCUCGGGCUCACUCCCUCCGCGGUCGCGAAGCUGGGAAUCACUCUUCUACUCGCUGCUCUGACUGGGUUCCUCCACUGGCAUCAUCUCUCACAGCUGUUUGAGAAUGACAGGCACUUUUCUCACCUGUCGAACCUGGAGAAGGAAAUGGCUUUCCGGACAGAAAUGGGUCUGUAUUAUUCCUACUACAAGACCAUCAUUGAAGCCCCGGCUUUCCUGGACGGCCUGCACAUGGUCAUGAACGACCGGCUCACGGAGUUCCCCCUGGUUAUUAACACGCUGAAGAGAUUCAAUCUCUACCCAGAGGUGGUCCUGGCCAGCUGGUACCGGACGUACACGGGUGUUAUGGGAUACUUUGGGAUUCCCACAAAGAUGUGCUGGUCCAUCAAUAGAGGAGAGGGACUCACUCCCGUGGACAGCUGUGAAGGGAUGGGCGACCCGGCGUACUUCUACGUGAGCUUUGUGUUCCUGCUGAACGGUGCGAUGAUGAGCCUGUUCUUCAUCUACGGGGUCUAUCUCAGCGGCAGUCGACUGGGCGGCGUCGUCACCGCCGUGUGUUUCUUCUUCAACCACGGCGAGAGCACCCGUGUCAUGUGGACUCCGCCCCUCAGGGAGAGCUUCGCCUACCCCUUCCUCGUCCUGCAGAUGCUCCUUCUCACCCACAUCCUGCGGACACGGAACCCGAGCAGGACAGCCAUGGUCGCCCUCGGCGUCUCCAAUUUGUGCUUCAUGCUGCCUUGGCAGUUUGCCCAGUUUGUGCUGCUCACUCAGGUGGCUUCUCUGUUUGCUUCCUACAUCCUGGGUUACCUCGCCGCCACCAAGAUGCAAUCCAUCCUGGUCACUCAUAUGGUAACCCUCGCCGUCUGCUUCGUCCUGAUGUUUGGCAACUCCAUGCUGCUCACGUCCUUCUACGCCUCCUCGCUCCUCUCCAUCUGGGCAAUCAUUGCAUUGAGGGAUCGAUUCGCUCAAGUUCUCACACCUGGCGUCGUCACCUGGCUCAUGCAGGGUUUGGCUUGGGUCGGCUCCACGCUGCUUCUCAAGUCGCUGCUGUCCUCGGUGCUCUGCGCCUCGGACGAUGCUCACAUCAGUGCUCUGAUAAAGUCCAAGUUCACGAGCUACAAGGACUUCCACACUCUGAUGUACACUUGUGCCGCAGAAUUUGACUUCAUGGAGUUGGAGACGCCUCUGCGUUACCUCAGGACCAUGCUGCUGCCCAUCAACGUGCUGGUGGUGGCUCUCAUCGCUGGGCGGACCGUUCAGGAUGUAGUCCGCUCCCCGAGGGACGGCGGGAAGAGGUCCGUCAGGCCCGACGACGCGGACGAAGCCGAGGGGUCUGAAAUCGCCGCCAAAGGAGAGCUGGUGUACCACGGCCUGCAGCUGGUGGCGUUCGCCGUCCUCGCCGUCCUCAUCAUGCGUCUGAAGCUCUUCCUGACGCCGCACAUGUGCAUCAUGGCCUCGCUCAUCUGCUCCAAGCAGCUGUUUGGUUGGAUCGGGGACAAGUUUAAACACCAGCUGGCCGUGUUCGUGGUCAUGGCCAUCAUGGCCGUGUACGGAGUGGCCAACCUGCGGGCCCAGUGGGGGAUCAUCGGAGAGUUCAGCAACCUGCCGCAGGAGGAGCUGCUGGACUGGAUCCAGGACAACACCCGUCCAGACGCCGUGUUCGCCGGGGCGAUGCCCACCAUGGCCAGCGUGAAGCUCUCCACGGGUCGGCCCAUCGUCAACCACCCCCACUACGAAGACGCUGGUCUGAGGGAGAGGACCAAGCUGGUGUACUCCAUGUACAGCCGCAUGUCUGCAGACACCGUGAAGGGGAACCUGGUGAAGCUGGGGGUGGACUUCUUUGUGUUGGAGGACUCGUGGUGCACCAGGCGUACCAGGCCCGGGUGCAGCAUGCCAGAGAUUUGGGACAUCGAGGACCCCCUAAACGCUGGCAAAACUCCCCUCUGCACCCACAUGGCCAGGAGCUCCAGACCCCACUUCACCACAGUGUUUUCCAAUGACAUUUACAAAGUCCUCAGAGUCCCCAAAGCUACCGACGAGCUUAGAUAACACCGUGUGGCCGGCGGGUGCACUUCUUCUUUUUCACUACUUUUACACCACUUUCACCAGGUCUUCAUUUGUCAUUGCUGCUUUUUAUUUUUUUGCUCAGACGCCACCACAGUUCCCCCUUUUCACGGAGACGGUUGCCAGUGUUUUGUGACUUGGAGGAACUCCUGCAAUGGUUCUGUUGUAUAGAAUCUUGAGUUUCAGAAACGCUGUAUUCUCUAUAGGAUUCGCUUUCUUUGACAAGAAGUUCGUCUUGUCUGGGAGGACCAAUCAAUGGGGUCCACGUACUGUGAAGCAAUGCCCUUUUGCGAACAUGACAACAGCUGACCGCUGUUUUAUGAACAAUGUUGAUCUCUGAAAGGGUUUUUCAGCACCAGGGUGUUUUCUUUUUUUAUUUACUUGUACGAACCGUUUUUAUGCAAACUUCAAAGGGUAGAAGGUUAACUUCAUUGUGUGUAUAUAUAUCACCCUCACCCUCGGCUCAUCAAGGUCCCAGAGGAGGUCUUUAGUGAAAUGAACGUACAGAGAGCCGAGCUUCCAAAAAAAAAAUCAAAGCAAGGGAUCACGUGCUUGUCUUUGCAACCAAGAGAAGCACGCUGCUGAUUAUUACCCGAGAUGACACGCCUGAACAAUCAGAGCAUCCUUUCUUAAUUCUGUAGACUUCUUUUAAAUGUUUCCUGGCACAAAUGCUUUUGUAAAUAGCCAAACUGUUUGUAAGAGGCCAGUGUGCAGCCUCCCAAAGUGCUCCUUUGUGCUCCUUGACAACGGCUCGUUGCCAAAUGGAGUCUCGUUUUUAAGGCUGCGUAUUCGAGGCUCUGGAGCCUGUGAAAGACGUGAGAACUGAGCAGCGGAAAAGCCGAUCGACACUAUUUGUAGCAGUUGUUGGUUUCUUCUUCACGGCGAUUAAUCGCCUUCAAUAUUUCUGAGAAUACGCUCAUUUGCAAAGAACCGUGUCAGGUCUUUGUGGAGGUACAUGACGCUUAGCUUAGCGCAGAGACUGGAAGCAGCGCUUUGGUACAACACACCUUGAUGCAGGCCAUUGAACUGAUCUGAGAGGACGCAUUUCAUCGGUGCCACUGUGUCCAUCAGAUGUCGGGCCGUGUCCUCGCGUGCAGAGACGGGGUAGAAGUCGUCUCACUCACUGAGACUAAGAAGUAUUUAUUUUCCUGUCGCAGGCGUUUGUGUUUGAGAUGUCUUUUAUAAUAUUUGUCUAUUUUGUCUGUAUCAGCAAAAUUAAAGUAUUUCAUUGUCUUAA